AUGAGGUACCCGACAUUGUUACUGUUUACAUGUGUGAUAGUUCUUCCAAUGUUCGGUCCAUCUGAGGCUCUAUACAACUGCGAUGCUCAUCAUCUCCUGCAGUGUCUGAGACCGAUCGGCAACUCCUGGGCCGACGAAUUCCAGUUGAUCUGCUCAGGACUGGACGCGACACAACGAUGCAUCGAUGAAUUCGCUAGGAAGUGCCUUCAUCCCCUUGUGAGAGCACGCUUCAACCAUCUCUACUCGAUCAGCAACCACGUGAUUCAGAAGGUCUGCGAAACCGGUGUUAUUCGAGGAGAACUUCUCUCGCACGCUCGUUGCCUGAAAUCUGUCAAACACAGCAUCGACAACUGCGGGAAAGAUUUUGCAUCGACCCUCGAUAUAAUUGGGCUUACCGGUCCUGCAGGGACGAAUGUAGGUGACUGA